GCGGGACACAUUUCACAUUUUGUUACGAUUGUCAACGACUCUCAUUGAAUUCCAUUGCAACUCUACCUUUUUACAGUCUGCCUCCCUUCACAUACCACCCAGAUCCAGUCCUUCCUCAUCCUUUCCUCUACCUAGUCUAGCAGACCUAAUCACGACUCGAGCAUCCUCGUAUUCACCAUGGUCGCCGAAACAAUCACAACCAUCUCUCCCACGACCAACAAGCCCAUAUUGACUCGUCAUGGCCUCCCUCCUGACGAGAUCCUUCAAUUGGGGACCGCCGCUCAGAAGGCGUUCAGAUCCUAUCGAAAAUCCCAUCCGACUCUCGAAAGCAGACGCAAGAUCGUGUCCAAGGCAUUAGAACUCCUCCUUCAAAAGCAAGACGUCCUUGCACAAGAACUCACCGAGCAGAUGGGCAGACCCAUUGCCUACACGGCAAAGGAGAUCACCACUGCUGUUAAAAGGGCCGAAUAUCUCAAUAGAAUUGCCCCAGAGGUUCUCGACCAAGAGUACCCCGGCGAUGUGGAGCAGGGUUUCAAGAGAUAUUUGCGCAAGGAGCCUAUCGGUGUCACUCUGGUCAUCUUCGCCUGGAAUUAUCCCUAUUUAAUUCUGGUCAACAGCUUGAUUCCCGCUCUUCUGGCCGGCAACGCAGUCAUCUUGAAACCAUCUCCGCAAACUCCUACCAUUGUUGAGCAUAUUCUCGACAUCUUUACCCAAGCCGGUCUUCCCCCUCACGUCAUUCAGUAUCUUCACUGUGGAAGCCCAACCGAUCUUCAACCUCUUAUCCUGUCCCCUGAUGUCAAUCACGUCGCCUUCACUGGUUCUGUCGCGGCUGGUAUUGCAAUCCAGAAAAUUGCCGCCGCUCGAGUAUCCCUAACAGUUGGUCUGGAGCUCGGUGGAAAGGACGCCGCAUACCUUCGAUCGGAUGUUGACCCUGCGUGGGCGGCUGAAGAAAUCGUCGAUGGUGCCAUUUUCAAUUCAGGCCAGUCAUGUUGUGCCAUCGAGCGUGUCUACGUCCACGAGUCUAUCUACGACCCUUUCAUUGCGGAAGUCAAGAAAGUCCUUUCAGGUUACAAGCUUGGAGACCCGGCUGAUAAGUCGACACACAUUGGCCCUGUCAUAUCUUCACGAGCCAAAGAGGCAAUUCAAGCCCAGAUUCAAGAUGCACUCUCCAAAGGUGCCAAAGACGAAACACCAUCAAACAACACAUUCCAGAAUCCACCUGCGGAGGGAAACUUUGUCGCUCCAACUCUACUCACCAAUGUCAAUCACGACAUGGCAGUCAUGAGGGAGGAGACAUUUGGACCCGUCAUUCCUGUCCAGAAAGUAUCAUCAGACGAAGAAGCAAUUACUUUACUCAACGAUUCCGACUUUGGUUUGACAGCUUCAAUAUGGACCAAAGAUGUGGCCAGGGGAGAGCAAUUGACCAGGCUAGUCGAGGCGGGAACAGUGUUUGUGAAUCGUGCGGACUAUCCCAGCCCUGAUUUGGCAUGGACGGGUUGGAAAGACAGUGGCAAGGGCAUUACGCUCAGCAGAUUUGGCUUUGAGCAAUUCGUCAAGGUGCAAAGUGUCCAUUUGAAGGACUAUCCGAAAUAGACAAUAGAUUUGUACAUGAAUGAAUUUAAUGUCGUUAUCCUUUG